AGCCACAGAGCUAGCGAGCCCAUGAGCAGAUCGACCUGAACCCCACGCAGUCGCAGAUCUCUGUCCGUGCAGCGGCGAGCGAGCGAGCUAGCACCAAGCGGCCGCGGCGCGGCGCGAUGGCGUGGAAGAGGAAGAGCGGCGGCGAGUCGCCAUCCCGGGGCGCCGACGAGGAGGAGAAGGUCCCGAGGGGGCACGUCCCCAUGGUCGCCGGCGGCGGCGGCGGGGAGGGAGAAGAGGGCGAGCGCGUGCUGGUGCCGGUGAGGCUGCUCGUCGACCCGUGCGUCGCGGAGCUGCUGGACAUGGCGGCGCAGCGGUACGGGUACCGCCAGCCGGGCGUGCUGCGGGUGCCCUGCGACGUGGGGCACUUCCGCCGCGUCCUCAACGGCGCCGUGCAGAGAUGCGGGACCAGCUCUGACUGAAAAGGCUGGCCAAGCUGCGAGGAGUGCCGCCGUGCAGGGACAACGCCCGGCCCCUUACCUUGCGGCGGGCUAGCAUUUUAUCUGUACAAAAACAAACAGACGAUUAGGUCUUACUUAAAUCGAUCAAAUUCUUUAAAGAACAUACUCAUCUACAAAUACAGUGAUGUCUAUAUU